ACAGUGAUCAGAUACGUUGACGCUGUUUUUUUACGCGUUCAAAAAAAUUCCUCUCACAUCGUCCAAUCAUUUCAAUCUUUCAUAUGGUCACUAAUACUUUAAUUAUGAUGCUUAAUUAAUGUUUAGCUGUUCAUUUGUUACUUGUCUGGUAAGCUAGUAAACGGGUACGUCCUAGUCAUACAAAGUCUCCGCGCCUAGGAGAAUAGUCUCCAACCUUUUUAAUAUAUAUUCACGUCCAGUUUGCUUUUCUUUCUACUAAUAAAUACAGUAGACGUCAAAGAAGAAGACUGAUAUUUUAAUUCUCUCAUUUUCUCUUUCACAUUAUCAGUUCUAUAAUUAAAUAAACAAUAAAAGUUGAUGUUAUUCUUAGAGUUGACUUUGACUUACAAGAAGUUGGAGAUGGUCUUAACUUUCAGAUUGGCUAGCUGAUCUGGUUUUAAUCAAUUUUACUCAUAAACCCAAUGAAGGAAAAAAGUAAAAGAAAAAAAAACACAGAAGAAAUGAUAAGAAGUUGGAUAAUGCCUGUUUAUACCUCAUUAAACUCUCUCUUCCUGCUCGCCUUCUUCAUUACAUACCUGAGGGCUUCUGCACAAUUACAAGACCCGACUUAUGUCAGCCAACUAUGUACUAACAGAAUAUCAAGAAACACAACUUACUUUUUCAAUCUCCAAACCCUUUUGACCUCUCUUUCUUCCAACAGUGCUUUCUUCUCCAUGGGAUCACAAAGCCUCACAAAGGGUCAAAACGAUGACAUGGUAUUCGGACUCUAUCUCUGCAAAGGAGACCUCUCGCCUGAAGCUUGCGGUGACUGCGUCCUAUUUGCCACGAAAGAUGCUCCGACUCGAUGUCCAGGAGGGAAAGAAUUCUUGAUUCAGUAUGAUGAGUGCAUGCUUGGAUACUCUGACCGGAAUAUAUUCAGUGAUGCUGUAACCACAACUAGAAUAAUCACUUGGAACCCUCAAAAGAUUACAGAAGACCAAGACCUGUCCGACCGGUUCAACCAUGCAGUGGUUGCUCUGAUUAACAAGUCUGCAAAGGAAGCAGCUAAUAGCAGAACGAAGAAGUUUGCGGCUAACAAGACAAACUUCACUUCGUCCCGGACCAUUUACACUUCGGUUCAGUGCAAUCCUGAACUGUCAGGUGAAGAUUGUGUAACCUGUCUGCAAAGGUCCAUCAAGGAUUUUUAUUUCAACAGUGUUGGAGGAAGAGUUCUUGUCCCGAGUUGUAACUCACGGUACGAGCUCUAUCCGUUCUACAAUGAAACCUUUGUGACAAGUCUCUCUCCGCCGGUAAAUAGUCCUCCCCUGGUUUCAGGUCCUCCUUUGCCGCCUGGUAAAGGAAGAGAUUGGACGGUGAUAAUCUUGGCAAUUUGUGUGCCUUUCUCUGUCUUUGUUCUUUUUCUUGUGGCUGUUAUAAGCUACCGUGUAACAAAGAGAGUGAAGAAGACUUAUGAUACUACAGCUGCAGAUGAUGAAGGGGAGGACAUUACAACUGCAGGCUCACUGCAGUUUGAUUUUAAGGUUAUUGAAGCUGCGACAGAUAAGUUUUUGAUAAGUAACAAACUUGGUCAAGGUGGGUUUGGAAAAGUCUACAAGGGGACACUUCCUAAUGGGCUACAAGUUGCCGUGAAGAGACUUUCAAAAACAUCAGGACAAGGCGAGAAAGAGUUCAAGAAUGAGGUCGUUCUUGUGGAAAAGCUUCAGCACAGAAACCUAGUCAAGCUUCUUGGGUUUUGUUUGGAGAGAGAAGAGAAGAUACUUGUCUACGAGUUUGUGUCUAACAAAAGUCUUGACUAUUUCCUGUUUGACUCAAGUAAGCAGAGCCAGCUGGAUUGGAAUACACGGUACAAGAUUAUAGGAGGAAUAGCUAGAGGGAUUCUAUAUCUCCAUCAAGAUUCACGACUCACAAUCAUACAUCGUGACCUUAAAGCGGGCAACAUCCUCUUGGAUGCUGAUAUGAAUCCAAAAGUUGCAGAUUUUGGAAUGGCUAGAAUAUUUGAAAUGGACCAAACCGAAGCCAAUACGAGAAGAGUAGUUGGAACCUAUGGUUACAUGUCUCCCGAGUAUGCCAUGUACGGCCAGUUCUCAAUGAAAUCAGAUGUUUAUAGCUUCGGAGUCUUAGUUCUUGAGAUUAUAAGCGGAAGGAAGAACAGCAGCCUCUAUCAGAUGGAUGGUAGUGUUUGCAACUUGGUUACAUAUACCUGGAGGCUAUGGAGCAAGGGGUCUCCAUUAGAUCUCGUGGAUAUGUCUUUUGGAAAUAACUAUCAAAGAAACGAAAUAAGGAGAUGCAUCCAUAUCGCUUUAUUAUGUGUCCAAGAAGACACUGGAGAUCGUCCAACCAUGGCAGAGAUAGUUCAAAUGCUUACUACUAGCUCUAUCUCCCUUGCAGUGCCUAGACCACCUGGACUUUUCUUUAAGAGUAAUCAGGAACAAACAGGUCCAUCAAUGGAUAAGUCUGUUCUCUGUUCCAUUGAUGAUGCACCGAUUACUUCUGUAACUCCUCGUUAAAGACAAGCUCGUUUUAUAAACCAAAAAUCAUGUCAGCCCCAAAAUUUACUGUUUUUGGGUUCAUUUCAGAAUAUAGGUGAACGUUACUUCCUUUGGUGUCACGUUUAUGAUUUAUAAGCCAUGAAUCUUUGAUGAGGAUGAAAAAAUCCUGGAGGAAUCCCUCCAAUUAUAUUGUAUAUUACUGUCUAGUUCACCUGGUCCCUCAUUUUGAAUGGUUUGUUGCGUUGACUCGUGGGAUGACUUUUCUUGAGUCAACCGUAGGUUGUUGCAAUUAUUUGGAGGAACAAAACAAAAAUGAUUCCAUGAGGAACACAACCCAAGUCGUGAAAUCUCGAGAAAGAUUGGAUUGAAAGAAUAUGUUGUGUGGUUACUUAACAAGAUGGAUCAAAAGAUGAGCUAAUAGCAAACACCACCGAAGUUCAAACAUGUAAAAAGUGCUAAUUUUAUCUGUGAAUCCGACUUUUGGCACGGAUCCAACAACCUUAUCCGUAACGAAGUAUGUCAUAGUCUAGCUACGGUUAACUGUAUUAAUUUCAACUCAAUCAAAGACUCUUAAACCAACCAAACAUUGAACUGGAGACUUGGGAGAGGCCGCGUGCAAACGCAGGCUUCCAAUGCCACAAAUAAUGACGCAGGCUCUCCCACUUGGGGAGACCUUAAGCUAAGCACCCUUCCAUUAUGUGCAAUGGAAGUCACUAGCUUAGGCAACUCUUCUUCAUGAUCAAGACGGCCCCGUACAGGUAAGUAUCUUUCAAAAUCGACCAUCUUCUUGUUUUAUACUACGCUAAAUAUGAGUGUCUUAUAGUUACGCUUCCGAUGCGGGAUGUACGCUUGAAGUCAUUAUUUAUCUUCAAGUCAGGGUUUCGUUGUUUUGUUUCAUUCCUCAACUGAAGAAGACCUUCCUCAGUGGCUAAUAUAUGACCCAAAUAUACAUCUAUCUAUCUAUCUAUAUAUAUAAAAGAAGCUUUAGAUCUCUCCCAGAUGGUCCACGUAGACGGACACGUCAUCUAUUCGGUCGACAUCGUGACGACACCUGUCCCGCUUUACAAAAUGCAGCGUUUUAUUUAUUCUGAUUUAUAUUUUGUUUGGGCUUUAGAUUGCAAACGGGUUUUAGAUGAAGCUUUAAAAAAACCAUCUCCAAAAUAGUUUAGUCCUGUCUCUAAACGUGUCGUUUUUGAUUUCAAUGGUUGAACCGUUAUUCUUCUCCGCCGUCGGGAUGUAGGCUCUAAGUCUAGGGUUUCGAUUCAUCUUCUUCCUCAGACCCUGAUUUUAAUCAGUUUCACCUUCGUCUUCUUAAAGGCCUCCUUGAUUCAAUCAUACACGAUCUACAUUUAUUUCUGCUUCUCUCGUGGAAAUCUCAGUAUAAAAAGGUUACCAUUCCUCUUCUCGAAAUCAUCCUACCAACCUAUUCAAACAUAUAUAUCCUUUUAUUUUCUGGAAAAUGGCUAGCUCUAAUUUAAGUAUCCUCCAUCUCUUCUUUCUAAUUAACUACUCUACGUACAUGACUUUUGUCAAUUUCGUAUAGGAAGGACCAAGAAAAACAAAGCAACGACAAUUAACCAAAUCUGGGUAUAUUCUCAUCAUCUUCUUUUCAGUUUCUAUAUAUUUUGUAUUUUUGCUUAGAUGUUAGUGAUUAGAGUUCACUGCUGUAUAUUUAGAUAAGCACUGCAAAUGGAUCAAGAAGAAACAGAGGCACUCCAGAACUGCAUGAAACUAUAUGUACCUUUCUUACGGGUUUUGAUUGUUGUAAGCUUUCAUCUUUUGAUGUUCUGUAGUGGAUCAUAUCUUUAAUUUUGGAUAGGCUUUGGUGUUAAUUGUUAAAUUGUUUGUUUCUAACAUUGUCUCUCUUCCGAGAUUUGUCCUCUUCUCUUUUUCCUGAGUUACAGUGAUUUUGCAAUUAAUCUGGUUAAUGUUUAGCGAAAAGCUUUUGUUCUAUUUGAGACCGUUAGGAUUUAUUUCUUAGAGUCACAGAAAACCACUGCUCUACUUUGUCUUCUUCGCCUGUGACCUUUUAACUUUUAAACUUCGUAGGAGUUCGUCGCGUUGGAGCAUCUCAGAGUCACAGAUCGUUGUUUGAUUAUAUCUACUGCUGUCAGGCCGCGAGUAUGUGGAGCUUGCAGUGUCAUGACACUUAGCUUCUCAGUUUUUCACACUUAGUUUCAAAAAGAAAAAAAAAAGAAGAUUGUGUUUAGCGGUUCAAAUGAAGUCUCGACUUCUCGGAUGAGUUGAUAAGAAAGAUGGAGCUUAGAAGCCUCCGUAGUUACUGAGCCUGCUGUUAGUAGACGACCAUAUUGUUGGGGAAUUGUCCCGAGUGUAUGCACUGCAAUGAUUUUAUAUAUGUUAGAUUUUUAUAGGAACAUGCUCAUUAGCAUGAAAAUAAUGAGAAGGUGACAAAUAUAAAUUCAAGUGUAAAUUCCGGUAGAAAAUAUAUUAUAUUAUCUCCACUGAAGAAAUCAAAUAAUAUCAUAUUAUUGGUGGAAGUUAUGUAAAUUUGUUUUGUUUA